AUUGUUAUUUUAGAUUGAGGAAGACGAUUUGUAUGAACCACAAAUGCCUAUUCAACAAAACACUGACCAGAGUUUUAUGAAUAUGUUAAUGCAAGUACAAGAACUACCCCAAAAUGUAUAUCAACAACAGAUGCAAGCUACUCAUGCUCCCAAUCCUGGUCCAACACAAGAGAUGCAAAGUACGCAUGCUCCUAAUCCCGAUCCAACAUUUAUUGAUCCUGAAGUAAUUACUUCUUUGGAAAGAACGAAGGCUAGGCCUCGUGCAAUUCAGGAUUUGGUAGAGCUAUUAUCAAGGUGUGUUGGGGAUAACCAUAGGAUUGAGAUUUCUUCACCAGCGAGGAUGUAUCCCCAUAUGGUUCGAGAUAUUAUUCCAUACGUAGAGUUGUUGCAACUAUUUACUAAUGACUGGCUUGACAUCACCGUCAUACAUUGGUUUGCCAUGUAUUUUUAUGAGUCGCACAAUUCUCGGUGCGCGUUCUUUAAUCCGCACCACAUCAAAGGUGAAUCAUGCACUAAAAAUUCUGAAGGUGUUCAAUCACACAUCAUAGACAUGUUUACGUUCCAUGUUGACAAAAUAUUUUUUGUUGCACCAUAUUUAGCAAAAUGUAAAUGGGUGAAUAACCGUACAGGUGUCAAAGUUGAUAAAUACGGUUUUACUCUUGUAGACCUUAAAAGUGAUGGCUAUGCAUCUGAACCAUUUGUUCUCGCAAAACAUGUCAGACAAGUGUUUUUUGUCAAUGACCCGAGCAACCCAAGAUACCACAUCGUGUUGCAAGGUAAACGACGUAUUAUUGGUGUUGACAAUGUCGGUAAUGAGGAAGAAUACGACCAGUUUGAUGAUCUACCACCAUUUUCAGUCGGUAUUCAACCAGCUAUGUCGAAAAGAGGCAAACGUGGUGUUGCUUCUUUUCAAAAGAAUUAUAAAGAGGAGGAUUAUAAGGUAGAUUUUGACAAAAAUAAUUGUCCGGUGGGUGCAAUGAGUUCCCCAUUUAUGUCAUGGUUUGGGUUGAAAGUUAGACAAACGUUUCCAUAUCAUAUUGAAGGAUUUUGA